AUGGUCGUGGUACACAAGAAAGCAAAAUUCGAUCCAGCUGCUCAUCUACACAAACACGGCUGGAAGGGGAAAGGUACUGCUCUCAAACAUGGUCAUGCUAUCAGGCCACUAGCGGUAGUCCAGAAGAAAACAUUAUCCGGUAUAGGUAAAGAUCGAGAUGAGGCCGUACCAUUCUGGGAUCAUAUAUUCGCAGCCACCGCCGCCUCCCUAUUCUCUCCCUCCCCAUCAUCCUCCCCCGGUCCAUCAAGCUCGUCAUGGGCUCCUGCGCCAAUCAAAGCAGAUCAAAAGGGAAAUAUCAUCUCUAAUCCUCAAGAAAUAGUGGCGAAGAGACCGAAAUUAUCAAUCAACGCUACUGCUCGUGCUGGAAGGGAAUUGGCUAAGAGGGGAUUAUAUUCGAGAUUCUUCAGAGGAAAGGUAUUACAUAUCAAGGAGUCCGAUGAUGAUGGCGAGGAGGAGGUACCAGGUGGGAUGAAUACCCCUAAAGAAGUCGAGGAGGUUGAAGAUUCUUUGAUCACUGCUGGACCAUCGAGGUUGAAUAUGACUAAAUUGGACCAAGAGAGAGAGGAGAUAUUGAAGGUGAAGAAGAACAGUAAAGGAAAAAGUAAAGACAGAGAAACAGAAUCUACAGAGGAAAGAAAGAUUAGGCAAGCUGAGAAAGCGAGACGAAAGGCUGAGAAGGGGAAGGGAAAGGGAAAGAUGGUAGAAGGAGAAGGGAAAGAAGAGGAUGUAAACGAGGAUGUAAAAGCCAAGAGUGAGAAAAAGAAGAACAAGAAGACAGAUGGAUCCAGAAAAGACGAUAUCGGUGAAGUACAGAUUGCUGAGAAUGAUCAAGAUGAUUUGUCAGGAAAGAAGGACAAGAAACGGAAACGUAAAGACAAAGAGGAUAUCAAAGAGCCUAAAGAAAUGAAGCAGAGUAAAAGUAAGAGUAAGAGUAAAUGCAAGGACAUGGACCAGAUAGGGGACAGUCAAAAGAAGGAGAAGAAGAAGAAGUCAAAAUCAAUUGAAGAGCCAUAA